AUGGAGACAGAAGAAGAACGGCCUAUCUGCGACGAAGAGGGUUUGCUGCAGAAGCUGGAGGAGCUGAAGUAUGAGCCCCCGCCCGGGAUGCGGCGCGUGCCCUUUGUGGAGACACUGGCGAUAGUAGCGGACCCCACACUGGGGGGGGGAGGAGACAAGCAGCAGCAGCAGCAGCAGCAGCAGCAGCAGAAGCAAAAGGAGACAAUCGGUGUUGCUGACGAUAUAAAAAGAGAAGCUUUCUUCGUGCAGCAGGUGCAGCACACAGUACCUAUUGCGUUGGCCCGGCUGCGGGCGCUGGGGCUGCAGUUUACUCGCCCCGAGGAUUUUUUGGCUGAGAUGCUGAAGACAGACCAACAGAUGGGGAGAAUAAGAGCUCGUAUAGAGGAGGAGCAGCAGCAGCAGCAGCAGUUUAUAGAGAAGAUGAAUCCGCAGUGCAGCAGCAAACUCGCAGCUCAAUACAGCCGAGGCAUGCAGGCUGAGAGACUGUAA